AUGCCCUGUUCUCUCUGUUUAUUCCACUUCCUGUUAACUGAAGUUCUAAUUAAGCAUGGCAACUGCAAUGACCCCGGUUGGCCAAGAUCAACCGACCAAAGCAGAUCCUCCACCCGUCGUGUUUGAUUUGUCUCAGCCUCCAGUUAUCGAGGGAUUCACCCCGCUGCCCAGAGCGAAGGAGGAGAAUUUUAAAGACAAAUUCAUCAGAAAGACCAAAGAGAAUCCAUUCGUCCCUAUAGGUUGUUUAGGAACAGCAGGAGCAUUGAUCUACGGCCUCAGCGCCUUCAGACGGGGCAAAACUCGACAGUCGCAGCUGCUAAUGAGAGCCCGUAUCUUCGCUCAAGGCUUCACCGUCAUUGCUAUUAUAGUGGGUGUAGCCGCCACAGCAUUGAAGCCCAAGCAGUGAAGACGAGACAGCAGACCCUGUUUGACCACACUGACAAGCGCCUUAUACGGUCCAUGGGUGGAAUGUGAUGUGAAGAUGGAAUGUACUGAACAUUAAAUGCCAAUUGUUAGCAUUUUUAUUUUCUUUAGAUGAAGGCCCAGUGUAAGAACUCUUAUUAUAGAUCGACUGUUGGCAGAUGGCACUAUUAGCAAACUUUAUCAA